CCGCUGUUCUUCCCCCUUGCUCUCUUCAUCACCGUUCACUCUCACUACUUUCUAAUCAUCUAACGGUUAUUAAUAAGCCCACUUCAGUCUUCUGAUGGCAUCUUCUUCUCUCUCUUUCACCACCCUCUCACCGUCUUUUCGAAGACUGCGUAGACCCGACUCUCUGCUAAUCUCGCCCCAGGUAGCAGUUAACCUUAAGAGACUCGAUUGCUCUAUUGGAUUGAGACCAGGGUCUUCGGCUGUUAUCGGAACGGAAUCCAGGAGAUUUGACUGCAUAACGAAGGCGUCGUCAAUGGCUGGGAUUACGACUGCUGGGAAGAAGAAAGCGGUGGAGGUCUUUGACUCCGAGGAGGUUCUGGCGGUAUCUCUGGCCAAGUACACAGCUGAUCUAUCUGAAAAUUUUUGUAAAGAAAGAGGCUGUUUCACUGUCGUUUUGUCUGGUGGUUCUCUCAUCAAGUCCCUCAGGAAGCUUUUGGAGCCACCUUACAUUGAUUCGAUAGAAUGGUCUAAAUGGCAUGUUUUAUGGGUGGAUGAGAGAGUGGUCCCUAAGGAUCAUGUUGACAGUAACUAUAAACUUGCAUAUGAUGGAUUUCUUUCUAAGGUUCCAAUUCUUCCUGGUAAUGUUUAUGCCAUAAAUGAUGCCCUAUCAGCUGAGGGUGCAGCCGAAGAUUAUGAAACCUGUCUUAAACAUUUGGUUAAUACCAAGGUGAUAGAAACAUCAUCAGCAAGUGGAUUUCCAAAGUUAGAUCUCAUGCUUUUGGGAAUGGGUCCAGACGGACAUGUAGCUUCUCUUUUCCCUGGGCAUCAUCUUUGUAAUGAAAACAAGAAAUGGGUUACUUUUAUUAAGGACUCACCAAAACCACCUCCAGAGAGAAUUACCUUUACUUUCCCAGUGAUAAACUCGGCUGCAUAUAUUGCCCUUGUGGUAUGUGGUGCGGGUAAAGCUGAUGCAGUGCAAAAGGCAUUGGGAAAGGAUCAAAGCUCUGAUGUGCUGCCUGUUCAAAUGGUUUCAGCUGAAGGGGAGUUCAAGUGGUUUUUGGACAAAGCUGCAGCUUCAAAGCUGUAGGAAGGAAAGUGUUAACCUCUGUGAGUUAAUCCAAAUAAACUGAUACCAUGUCACCUUCUGUGGUUUAUCAGUAGAACUGCUAGAUUAUUUAAUCCAGGAUUUGCAAGCUUUACUCCAUGUGCAAACUGUGAACCCACAAUAAACAUGUCCUGAAUGAAAUGUAGUAUGGCUUUCAUGGAUA